AUGGAUAUGCUCAGCACCAAGGAGUAUAAAGGAAGGGUUACCAAAAAUAAAUGUGAAAUCUUCGAAUGGUAUAUAAAAUUGACUGAAAUCGGUGAUACUGAUGAAAUGAAUAAUGCUGUUAAAAGAAGAAAACAUAAGAUAUGUGUUUAUUACCAUGAGUUUACCAAAAAUGGAUUCAAAGUAUUAGAAGAUAAAGCGCACAGUGUAGAAGGACUUGAAAUAACCUGCGAGUUAUGGCCUGCUGAAAUUGAUGUAAACCAAUGGAAAUACAGGAAAUCCUCCAAAAGUAAUGUGGUAAAAAUUGAGAAUCAAAAUCUUUCAUGGAAAGUUGAAAUUAAACCUUGGAAUAAAAAAAGGAACUGA